GCGACCAUCACACCAUAUUUCAUAUUUAUAGCAUUUCACUUUGCUCAUAUGAUAAUGAAUCAGCAUGAAGUUUUCACAGUUACACAGUUCAUGACGCUAUACCGAGUGCUAGCAUUUGGCUCCACGGUGCUGAUGAUUGCUUGGAGCGGACAGGAAGUGAGCAACGAAGUUUUAAAACUGCAACGAGUUUUGGCACAGAUCAUUUCUAAUUCCGAUCUAGAUUCAACCCUUCAUAGGAGCCUGAAAGACUUUCACUACCUGGUUUCCGUGGAGCCCCUCAGGAUAGAGCUGCUCCCCACGAUGCCAGUCGGAAUGUACCUCGUCCCCGCACUGCUGUCCUUAACUGUCAACUACAUCAUCGUCACCUUGCAAAUGAACAAUGACAUUUAG